AGAGCAGGCUCCUCCAGUUCCAGGAUGCCUGCCCCUGCCUCCUGGACCCACCAGUCUCCUUGUCUGCUGCUGGCUUUACUGCUGGGACUCACAGGAGCGGCCAGCCAGGAGGAGCUGCAGGUGAUCCAGCCUGACAAGUCCGUGUCGGUGGCAGCCGGAGAGACGGCCACUCUGCGCUGCUCCCUGACCUCCCUGCUCCCUGUGGGGUAUAUUAAGUGGUUCAGGGGGUCGAGUCCAGACCAACAGUUAGUCUACAGUUUCAGAGGAGGAGAAGGCCCCUUCCCCCGAGUAACCAGUGUCUCAGAUGCCACAAUCAGAGACAACAAGGACUUUUCCAUCCGCAUCAGUAACAUCACCCCAGCAGACACUGGGGCCUACUAUUGUGUGAAGUUCCAGAGAGGGAGCCCUGACACAGAACUGAAGUCGGGACCAGGCACGCAGAUCACCGUGAGUGCCAAACCCUCUCGCCCUGUGGUAUCGGGGCCCACAGAGAGGGCCACCCCUGGGCAGAUGGUGACCUUCACGUGCCAGUCCCACGGCUUCUCCCCCAGAGACAUCAGCCUGAAGUGGUUCAAAAAUGGGAAUGAGCUGCCAGCCCCCCGGCCCAACGUGGACCCCCCAGGAUUGGCCGUUUCCUACAACGUCUCCAGCACAGCCACGGUGCCACUGGCGUCGGGGGACGUCCGCUCCCAGGUCAUCUGCGAAGUGUCCCACGUCACCCUGCAGGGCGGCGGUCUUCGUGGGACAGCCAACUUGUCUGAGACCAUCCGAGUCCCGCCUACCUUGGAGGUUUCCCAGUAUCCCGCGGCAGGGAACCAGGUGAUUGUCACCUGCCAGGUGAAGGAGUUCUACCCCCGGAACCUACAGCUGACCUGGUUGGAGAACGGAAACGUGUCCCGAACAGAAAAGCCCUUGACUCUCCUGGAGAACAAGGAUGGGACCUUCACCUGCACGAGCUGGCUCCUGGUGAACGCUUCUGCCAACAGGGGGAAUGUGGUGCUCACCUGCCAGGUGGAGCAUGACAGGCAGCCGGCGGUCUCCAAAGCCCUCACCCUGGUGGCCUCAGCUCACAAGGACAAGCAGGACACAGAUGUAACUUCAGGCAAAGAGCAGUCCAUGCCACUCCUCAUCGCUCUCCUCCUGGGCUCUAAGGUGCUGGUGCUGGUGGGUGUCUCUGCCUCCUACAUGCACAGGAAGCAGAGGCCCUGACUGUAAGUCCUGGGGAGGGAGGGCAGGCCAAGGUCUGUCCUGGGAGGGCAAGGUCAGGUGGAGGGCAGCCCCCCGGUCACACGUGGUCAGGGCCCCCAGGA